GCAGCUCUCGCGCAUGCGCAGUCGGGCACAGCGGCGGCGAGAGGCGGCUGAAGGGAGUCGCUCCGAGGAGGCGCCGGGUUCCGCGGCCGCUUCGCCCCGUUCCGGGCCCGCAGCGUCUCCCCGCCCGGGGGGGCCCCGAGGUGUCCCCCCCCCCGCGCCCGCCGGACCCCUGCAGUGGACCGGAAGUUGCCCCCUGGGGCUUGGGCUGCACCGGAAGUGGCUCCGGCUUGACCGGAAGUACCCGCCUGGGAGGCCGGGGGGCGGGGCCAGCUGGACUUGGCGCCCCUCCCCCACCCCGAGCCGAGAGCGGCCCCAGGAGCGGGGAGCCGGCGCCAUGGCGGAGCCGGAGAACCUCGAGGUGAUGGUGAAGACGCUCGACUCGCAGACCAGGACCUUCACCGUGGAGGCAGAGGUGACGGUGAAGGAGUUCAAAGAGCACAUUGCGGGCUCAGUAAAUAUCCCCGCGGAGAAACAGCGUCUGAUCUACCAGGGACGCGUCCUGCAGGACGACAAGAAGCUUAAAGAAUAUAAUGUUGGGGGCAAAGUGAUCCACUUGGUGGAACGUGCCCCUCCCCAGACUCAGUCGCCCUCCUCUGGGGGUCCCUCUGGAGCCAGCUCGGCCUCAGCCCCCCACAAUGGCAUCGGGGGACGGGGAGCCGGUGCCACUGUCCAUGACCGUAACGCCAACAGCUACGUCAUGGUCGGGACCUUCAAUUUACCAGUCAGCAUUAUGGACCCGCAGCCGCCCUCACAGGUGAGUUCCUGCCGGGGACGCCGUGCUGUGGGGGGGGGGGGCUCUCUCCUGCCGGCAGGGGCCCCCAACCACCCCGCGCCGGCCGAGUACGUGGAGGUGCUGCUGGAGCUGCGCAGGGUGGAGGAGCAGCUGCAGCCCUUCCUGCAGCGAUACCAGGAGAUCCUGGCCACGGCCAGCACCACUGACUACAACAACAAUACAGAGGGGCGCGAGGAGGACCAGCGCAUCAUCAACCUGGUGGGGGAGUCCAUGCGCCUGCUGGGGAACACCUUCGUAGCCCUGUCCGACCUGCGCUGCAACCUGUCCUGCAGCGCCCCCCGCCACCUCCACGUGGUCCGGCCCAUGUCCCACUACGCCGCCCCCAUGGUGCUGCAGCAGGCUGCCAUCCCCAUACAGAUCAACGUUGGGACCACAGUGACCAUGACGGGGAACGGUGCCCGCCCCCCCCAGCCUGGCCCUGAGGGACCUGCCCCCACCCAGCCCUCGCCGCCGGCCCCAGCCGGAGCCCCCAGCCCCGGGGAGCCAGGCCGGGGCCUGGAGAGCCAGUUGGGGCCCGGGGCGGCCCCGACUCAGACCCAGGGCUCCCAGACCAGCCACCCCCGGGUCAUCCGCAUCUCCCACCAGACCGUCGAGCCCGUCGUCAUGAUGCAUAUGAACAUACAGGACUCUGGGUCUCAGGCGCCAGGAGGCGGCUCCGGGGGCACCGUUCCCACGGGCACCGCUGGACCAGCCGGGCAUGGCCCGGGCAUAGGAGGCGCUGCGCACGUCCCCCUGCCCAGCCUGCCCCCGGAGCUGAUGCAGGCCGUGGCUCACCAGAUCACCCAGCAGGCCAUGGCGGCCGCGGCUUCUGCCGCCACAGGCCAGCAGGUCCCUGGCUUCCAGACGGCCCCGACCCGCGUGGUGAUCGCCCGGCCCUCGGCCCCGUCCACCCGGCCCACCCACCCGGGGGCCCCCCAGGCGCCAGGACCCGGGACUCCCGGCGUAGGGGGCAAUGCCUCCCUGGCACAGAUGAUCAGCGGGCUCCUCGGGCAGCUGCUGAUGCAGCCGGUUCUCGUGGCUCAGGGCAGUAGCUCCUCUUCGGCGUCCUCUUCCUCCUCCUCCUCCUCCACCACCACCACUACCUCAUCGGCCUCCUUCCCGGCCCCAGCCUCCCCGCCCACGGCCUCGGCUAGCGCCGCCACCACCAACACGGCCACCACGGCGGCAGGGGGCAGCUCUGCCGGUGCACCAGGGGGCCCCGUGCCCUCCGCCUCCUCCUCGGCCCAGCCGCCUCCACCUGCCGACGAUCUCCACUUCUCCCAGCUCCUGGGCAACCUGCUGGGGGCAGCGGGCCCUGGCAUGGCCGGCGUGGGCUCCCCCACCAUCACCGUGGCCAUGCCCGGCAUGCCUGGCAUGCCCGCCUUCCUGCAAGGCAUGACAGACUUCCUGCAGGCCACGCAGAUGGGGGCUGUCCCCCCACAGGUGCCAGAACAGGCUCAGGCUCCUGCCCCUGCCCCUCCCCCGCAGCCAGAGGCCCCUCCAGCCCCUGCCCCACCCCUGGUGUCGGGCGGGGAGCGGGGGCGGGGCCGCCCCCCUGGGGGCCCCGAGGCCCUGGCCCCCGAGUUCUUCCUCAGCGUGGUGCAGGGGGUGCUGUCGUCCAUGAUGGGCUCGCUGAACGCCCAGCAGGGCAGCACCGAGAGCAUCGCCACCUUCAUCCAGCGCCUGAGCGGCACCAGCAACCUCUUCGAGCCGGGCACCGAGGGCGCCAUCGGCUUCUUCGGGGACCUGCUCUCGCUGAUCUGCCAGAACUUCUCCAUGGUGGACGUGGUGAUGCUGCUCCACGGGCAGUUCCAGCCGCUGCAGCGCGUCCAGCCCCAGCUGCGCCGCUUCUUCCACCAGGAGUACCUGGGGGGGCGCGAGCCCUCGGACCACAACGUGCGGGUGGCCACCCACAGCCUGAUCACUGGCCUGCAGGAAUACAUCCGCGAGAGCUUCCCCCGGUUGCAGCGGGACAGUGCGGCCUCGCCGGCCCCGGCCACUACGGCGGAGGAGGCCGUGGCGCGGUGCCCGGAGCCAGAGCAGGGGGAGCUGCCGGGGGAGCCCGUGCCCGACGCCGAGCCCUGGGCAGCGGCUGUGCCCCCGGAGUGGGUGCCCAUCAUCCGCGAGGACAUCCAGACCCAGCGCCGCGGGAAGCAGCAGCCGCCGCUGAGCGACGCCUACCUGACGGGAAUGCCGGCCAAGCGCCGCAAGACCAUGCGGGGCGACGGCCCCCAGCUGCUCCUCUCCGAGGCCGUCAGCCGCGCCGCCAAAGCCGCCGGCGUCCAGCCCCUGAGCGGCAGCGAGAGCCUGAGCCGGGAGCUGGCCGAGCCGGCGCUGCAGGAGGGCUACCGGCAGCAGCUCCGGGCCGACCUCCAGCAGCGGCUGCGGGAGGAUCCCAGCUUCAGCCCCCAGCGGUUCCCCAACGCCGACCGCGCCUUCGGGGAUGAGGCCUAGGCGCGCCUGGGCCCCCCGCCCCCUAUUUAUCCCCUGACCCCCGUCUCCAAUAAAGCUGCUUGGUGUCGG